AUGAGAAAAUUUCUCCGGUUAUUAGUAGCAUUUUUUCUGAUGGUACUUGUACUGCCGCCGGCUUUGCAUGCACAGCAAAAGACGAUCACGGGUACGGUAUUGUCUGAUGACAACAAGACGCCGCUGAGUGGUGUCACAAUCAGGGUUAAGGGCACCCGGAGGAUCGUGCAAACCGACGCAAACGGUAAGUUCACGAUCCAGGUGAAUGAAGGUGAAACCUUACAGGGUAGGGUUGCCGGUGUUUCGGUCACUCCUACUACGGGCCAGGCAGGUGCUUCAUCCCAGAUUGUACUACGCGGAUUCAAUACACUUUCUCUCAAUAACCAGCCAUUGUUUGUUGUUGACGGUAUCAUCCUUGAUAACUCAACGAUCAAUGAAACAUCGAACGGUGGUACUGCACUCGGUCUUGCUUCGGAUCGCCCGAACAGGAACAGUGACUAUACCAAUCGUAUCGCUGACUUGAACCCAGCCGAUAUCGACCAGGUAACAGUGUUGAAAGGGCCAGAAGCGACUGCUCUUUACGGUAGCCAGGCGAGUGCCGGCGCGAUCGUAAUCACCACAAAGAGAGCGGUGACAGGAAAUUUCUCCUAUUACGGCCCACGGUAUCCGGAAGGAACAAAGAAGUAUGACAACAUUGGAAGCUUCUUCCGUACAGGAUUUGCUCAAACACAUAAUCUGUCUGCUGAUUUUGGAGCGAAGAAUGUUGGUUUCCGCGUGAGCGGAUCAUUAUUUGAUCAGAAAGGUGUUGUACCCACGAACGAUUACAAAAAGUACAACGUCCGACUGACCAAUACUACUAAAAUUGGAAAGUAUGUAGAGUUCACUCCUUCUUUCCAAUACAUCGUUACUGAAAAUGACAAACCUAUCCGCAGUGCAGGUGGAUAUCUGUUAGGUUUAUAUAUCUGGCCUUCAAACAGGGACAUCAAGAGGUUUGAAGACGAGAAUGGCAACAAAGUGUCUGCUUUCUCAGCCGAUCCUUAUGCUGAAACAGACAACCCAUUAUACAACGUAAACCGUAACCGUGGUUAUGACAAGACCAACAGGUAUAUAGUUUCGGGUGGUGUUAACAUCAACCCGUUCGACUGGUUGAGCAUUUCCGGACGUUUUGGAUAUGACCAUUAUGAAAGUGAAGGUUAUACUUUCUACCAUCCGUUGUCAAACCUGACAUCCCGCACACAAUUAGGUGCACUUGACAAUUAUUGGAGAAGGUACAAUGGAUACAACCACACAAUUACAGCGACUGCAAAGAAAACAGUAGGUAAGUUUUCAGCUCGUUUAAUGGUGGGUACGAUGUGGCAGGAUUACAAAACCGAAAUGUUUGCCAUUUAUGGUACAGGCCUUGUUGACUCGUUUGCUCAAAACAAAUUAUGGAAGAAUGGCCAGGUUGUUACUGAUGAAAAUUUCGGUACGACAGUUGGCUCGUAUAAAGACAGCAGCAUCACCCGUGUGAAUACCCGCCAAAGAUUGCUUCGCAAUAAUGCAGGUCAGUACAACGAGUAUGUAAAUCGCCAGAUUGCCUAUUUUGGUGAGGCUGCGUUAAGCUAUAACAACUACAUUUUCCUUAGCUAUACACGCCGUUAUGAAGCUGCGUCUGUUUUUCCAAAAGAGUUCCGGAAUUACAAUUAUCCGGGAUUUAGUUUAAGCGCCAUCAUGUCUGACAUCAUUCCGAAGAUAAAGGGCAAAGUGAUUAACUACUGGAAACUACGAACCUCACUCGCUCAAACGGCAAGGUUGGCGAAUCCUUAUUCCAACCAGUCAGUGUUCGUUAAUAAUUUCACAAGUAGUAAUGUUGGUCUGAUUUACUCGUACGGUUUUGACAAUAACAACCCGUUCCUGAGUCCUGAAAGACAAAAGACUUACGAAAUCGGAACAGAAGUGUUGAAACUUCCGGAUGCAAUCCAGUACGAAUAUUAUAUUGCUGAUACAUGGUUGUAUGGAAACGCCAGAGGUGGUCUUAUCCGCGGUGGAUCAACUUCAACUAUUACCGGUUUCCAUUAUCUGCGUAACAACACCGGCAAGGUUAUCAUCGAUCCAACUACUGGUAUUCCCGUUGUUGAACAGACAUUCACAGUAAUCGGAAACAGGCAGCCUGACUUUACUUUGGGAACAUUGAAUACGAUGCGUUACAAAAACUGGAGCCUGAGCUUCCUGCUUGAUCUUAAGGUCGGUGGUGAUAUCUUCAAUGCAACUGAAAUGUAUCUCACUAUCCAGGGCAAGAGCAAGAGAACACUUGAUCGCGAAACUCCACGUGUAGUGUCUGGUGUAUUAAGAGAUGGCAAGGAAAAUUCCAGCACACCGACUACCAACACGAUUGCCGUUAAUCCUUAUUUCGCACAGGCUUACUAUACGACAAUGCCGGAAGAAGAAUUUGUACAGAAAGAUGUCAACUUCCUGCGUUUAAGAGACCUGACAUUGGCUUACCAGGUGCCUUCACAAAAAUUAAACAAAACGAAAUUCUUCAAAACACUUAGUUUCUUCGUAACAGCGCUCAGCGGCUGCUUUGUAUGGAGCUCCUGUGCGAAAAAGCUGGAUGAAGCGUAUGCAAAUCCAAAUGCGAACGUAAGACAACCAGUAGAGAAUAUUUUACCCAGUAUGUUUGGUAGCCUUGUUGGUAGUUCUUCUGCUGCAGGAAGCGCCUAUGGUCUUGCCGGUGACGGAUUACUGGUCGGCCGUUACAUUCAAUACUGGGGUACCUACACCGUGACCGCGGUAGGUGGAAACCUUGGCACACAGUAUGACCGUAUGGGUGGCACUGUGGGUUCAAGCGAUAACCUUGGCUCGGUAUGGGCCGCGCACUAUUAUGGUAUGGGCCAGAAUCUCAAUCGUAUUAUUGAUUGGGGUUCUGAAGAAUCAAAAUGGGAUUUUGUUGGUGCUGCCUGGGCAUUACGUGCCUGGAGCAUGUUUGAAGCGACAAAUGAAUAUGGCGAGAUCAUUCUUCGCCAGGCAUUCAACUCAAGUUUGCAAACGUUCUUAUAUGAUGAGCAGUCUGAAGUGUACGACUCAGUUCGCGCUACUUGUCGUCGUGCAAUCAGUUUCCUUGAAAGAACGGAUGGCAAU